UUGAUAAAGCCUCAUAUAAAUGAAUGACAAUGUGUGGCAAUCCAUAUCCCUCCUCCCUAAAGUACGGGCUUGUUGUUUUUAUUACGUAUGUUUUUUAAUACUGUUUUCAUUUAAAAUUUCGAUUUCGAAAAGAGGUUUUAGUAGUUACGCAGCGAUAUACCUUAAACGAGAAAAGGUCACAGUUAUUUUGUUAAUACUAACUAAUCGGUAAAAAACAAAUGGAGGACGAACAAUUUCAACAGUUAAUUGACGCCAUAAACAUUGCAGUUAAAGAAAAUUAUGAUAAAACAGCUGCAUUGUCUGUACAAAACUACUUUCAGCCAAAAAAAAGUUUCGCCAACUGCCGUUCCUCAUUCGAAGGCACAUGUGACAAGAAAUAUGUUGAAGAAUUCUUAAUAUCAAUCGAACUUUUUAAGUCAGUUGAACAAAUCACUGAUGAAGACGCAUUGCAUGGUAUUUGUUUCCUAUUUCGCGGACUUGCAGCCACUUGGUGGAAAGGUAUCAAAAAGGAGGCAAAGACCUGGAAUGAAGCUAUCGAACUUAUUCGGAACAAUUUCGCUCCAACCAAACCAAAUUACCAAAUAUAUAUGGACAUUUUUCAGACCAGCCAAGGUGCUUAUACUACUAUAGACAAUUUUGUCUGUGAAAAACUUUCUUUUUUAGCACAAUUACCUAAAAACUGUCAUCAUACCCUAGAAACUGAAAUUGAUUUUAUUUAUGGAUUGUUACAUGUAAAUUAUAAGAAGAACAUAGCACGUGAAGAUGUUAAGACAUUUCGAGAUCUCCUAGAAAAGGGCCGAGCAAUUGAAGAUAUAAAUAAUGAAUUGAAAGAUCCGUGUACUAAAUGUCAUUUAAGUGGGCAUACAAUGAAAAGCUGUCACAAAAUAUAUUCGGAUGAGAACGAUAGUGAUAUAUUUACUGUCUACGAAUAAUAAAAACAGUUUUUAAAGAAAAAAGAACUGGGUAGUUUGCUUUUGCAAUUUA